UUGCUCAUCUUCCAGUUUCCCGGUCUCUCGGGUGGCGUUCGCAUAGCCUCAGAAGACGGCAUCCGCGGUCGACACGUGAUUGCUGAGGCCGACUUUGCUCCCGGCGACGUGAUCGUCAGCGAACCUGCCGGCGGCUUCUCCGCCUCUCCUGGCUUGUCGGACGCCCUAGGCGAUCAGACGGACGGUAAAUAUUAA